AUGUAGAAGAAAAGGUUAUCAUCUGUAGAUUAAAAUUUUAUGUCCUCACUAAGGAAAUAUGAAGAACAUCCUACUUAAAAACAAAUGAAUGCUUAAAAAAAAGAAACACAAUAAUAAGAACAAUAAUUAUUAAUUUAAGACAUUCAAGCUAAUAUAUCAGAUUUGGAAGAUGGAAAUUAUAUGAAAUGUUUUACAAGUAUAAAUUUAAUGUUUACUGAUCCAAAAUAUUUACUUCGUAAGCAUAUCACAUUUUAAUUAUUUGUGCCUGAAGAAAGAGAUUUCAUAGGUUUUACAAUUUUGAAUAAAAAAGAGAUUUGGAUUUUACUAUUACUUUAUUUCGAUAUAGUUAAUUAAGAUAAGAAUUAAUAUGCAAGAUACCUUUGGUAAAGCAUUAUUAAGAAAAUGACUGAAUAUUUAAAUUAUGAACUAAGAGAAGAGGUAAUGAACAAAGUCAAAAUAUAUCGAGAAAAGUCUAAAUUAACUAAUAAUCUAAAUAAAAAGACUAAUAAGGAUUCUAAUAAAUAUUAUUUUAAAGAGGAACAUAAUGAUAAAACUAAUGAAGGGAAUGAGAUAAAUAAUUCUUAUAAGGAAAUAUGUUUUGAUAAAUCUUAUAUGGCAACAUUAUCAGAUAACUCUAUAAAUGAAAGAAGUUAGUGUUAAGAAUAGAACAUAAUAAUUAUGUAAGAUCAUAUUGAUUUAGCAAAUAAUAAUGAUGAUGUAUAUAAUUAAGGUCCAAAUAAUAGUUCAAUUGAUUUGAAUAAUGAUUUUGUAGAAAUAACAUAUCAUAAUUCGAAUCUAAAUGAUUUUCAGAUUCCAGAUAUUUCAUUCUAAUAGUAAUCAUAGACUGAAGAUAAUAUUAAGAAUUCUAUAGACUAAAUUAGCAAUUAAGUUGAAGUUUCUUUGAUAGCAUAAAUGGAAUAAUUAGGUUUAUAAGAGAAUUAAUAAUCUGAUUAAUUGAAUAAUGCAGUUAUUGUAGAUAAUGAAGAAGAAAUUUUAGAAAGUUGUCAAAAUUUUAAAUUAGAUUAAAUUAGUUAAACUUCUCUUGAAAACAUUAAAAUCCAAGAAUCAUCCAAAUACAAAUAAAACUUUCAAGAAGAAAAUAAGAUGACAGAAUUUCUUUAAGAUAAUAAAAUUAAUUAAAUAAAUAAGUAAAUAUGUAUUUUAGAUUUUGAUCAAGUUAAUAAUGAUUAUAAUUCAAAUUCUGAUCAAUUUUGUAAUAAAUUUUAGCAAAUAGGGGAUACUCCUCAUUUUUCUAUUAAUUAAUAGAGUUUAAAUUUAUCCAUUAAAGAAAUUUAAAAAGAUUAAAUUUAAUAAGAAGAAUAAAAAUAGAAUAACGAUAUGCAAUUUUAAAAUUAUGAAUAAUAGAUAGCUUAUGAUUAAGCUAAAUAAAUUUUGAAAGAAGAUUUAGAACAAUUAGCAAUUGAUUCAGAUAAUAAUGAUUAAAUUGAAACUAAACAACCAGAAUAUGAAAACAAAGAGAAUUUAUCUAAAAUUGAAGAAAGUGAUAUUGUAAAUAUUGAGAUUAAACAAUGCUCAUAAAAAGUUAAUUCAAAGCAGGAAACCAAUUAAGAUUGUUAUAAAACGAAGAAUUAAAAAGAAUUUGAUUAUACUAACUCUUUAAAUGAAGAAGACUGUAAACAAGAAGAAAUUGAAAAUGCUUCUUAGAAUUAAAAAAGGAGAAAAAGUAGAAUAAGUAAAUUAAUGUAAAAAUCAAAUGCAAAUUCUUAAUUAGAUAUUGCAUUUGAAUAUGAUUUAUCUUCUUAGUAACCUUCAAAAUAAUAACAUUAAUAAGAACUAUCAUAAGAACCGGAAUCUUAAUAAUUAUCAAAUAAUAAAAAAAGGCGUUCUUCUAAUUUUGAUAUCAGAUAUGAUUAAAAUUUUAUGGAUACUCAUGGAUCAGGUUACAGAUUUGAAAUAUUAAAGGCACCUAAAAGAUUAAAAGAAAAGUAUUAAGUUGAGGAGAUACUUGUCCCAAAAAGAUCAAGCAAAAGAAUCCAAUAUCCAAAUAGGAGUGAUUUAGAAAUUUCGAAAAUGAUUAUUGCUAAUAAUGAAAUCCUUAAUUAUUUUACUCCUGCAGAUUCCUAGUCUAAAAAAAUAUCAGAAGAAAUUAAUAAUCGACCUAAUCCUAUAACAUACUUUAAUUCAUUAAAUAAGAUUGAUAAAAAUCAAAUAAUCUUAUUGAUAAACAAUUAAGAGCACUUUAUAAAUGACAUCGUAGAAAUAGAGAUUUGCUUAGCAAAUAUUAAUGAUAAUUAAAGUCAUCAUAUAGUUAGGGUAUUUAAAAUUUUUUAAUUAGAUUUUAAGUGGAUAACUCAAUUGUCAGAUAGCUAUAGCUUAAAUAAAAAAGUAAAAUUCAGAAUAAAUCAUCUUUGAAGAUUUUAAUUUUUACAAUAAUUAUCUACACUAUCAUCUCCAAUAAUAACAAGCCAUCUACUUACCACUAGGGAGUUAUUUAAUUAAUUAAAAUUGA